UGACGCAAAUAACGUUGGUACGUCAGAGUAUUGGCGUCUUGUUGCUAACGAAGACCAACAUGACGAGAUGGAGGACAGAGACAGAAACGGUUGGGGUUCUUUUUUAAAAAUGUUCAGGAGAAAAAAGAAGACGAAAGCUCACCUGCUUCAUUCUUUGAAACAGUUGUCAUUGACAACAGAAGAACAGAUUUCUGUAAUCCAAGCGCUCACGGAACAAAACAAACAAUAUCAAGAUGUGAGGCAGAUGCAAGAAACAAUACUAAACAUGACACCAGAGCUUCAGAAAUUAAAAGACCAGAAUGCAGUUCUUCAAGAAAAACUAGAAACUACUAUGAGGCAGUUAAUGAAAACCGAACAGAACUUAGAAUUAAGAGAAGAAAAAGAAGAUUGGUUAGUGGAAAUUAACGAUAAACUCUCACGUGACCUGAGAAAAUUAGAGAGAAACGUUGGGGAGUUGCAAACACAUGCUGCUGUAUAUCAAGAAAGAUUAAGACAUAUCGACGAACAGAAUAAAACUCUCCGGGCAUCAUCCGAAAAGUUUAAGGACGAGCUGGAAGCGACAAAAUCAAAAUACGACGAGGUGAACUUAAAAUCAAAGUUGCUGGAACAGGAGUUCGCAUAUAACACAGAAAUCAUUGAAUUCGGGAACAAAGCUCGUGCAGAAUUAGAGCACCAACUUGAAGAUUUACGUGAAACUCUGAGCGAAGAAAGAACCAGGGCAUGUAAAGUGGAGCUCAGCUUAGACGCUGAAAAUGAAUGUCUCAAGUUUGAAGUUAUUUCAUUGUCAAAAAAAUUGCACAAAAUGACAGAUCAGGUGAACAACUUGCAAAAAGACAAACUACUUAUCAUGUCAUAUUAUACGAAACAGCUAUCUGAAAAUAGUCCAGCAUCAAAACCAUGGGUUGCUUGCCCUGCAAAUCAAGGGCCAAAACAUGCGUUAACUGUAGAUACAACAGAUGGCCGUCUCAUUUUAAACAAUGGGCAAGUGGCAGACGAAAUUCAUCCAGAUGCGUUAGAAAAUAUAACUCAGAAAAACAAGUUGAUGAACUUGGAAAACAAACUCUUCCGGAAGGAGCAGUUGAUUGACGAACUGCUCACUGUAAUCAAAGAACAUGAUCCAGAAUUCAAUAUUCAAGACCAUCCUAGCCUGAAAAUUUACCUUGAUACAGAAUUACCUCAUAGCGAACACCGGUCUGAACAACCUUUGACUGCAGUUACCAGCACACAGAUUAACUAAACAUCUGCCAUUUGUUAAUUAUCAAAUAAAACAGAGAUAUAUAAA